UAGCAACAGCUUGGCCUUUUAAAGGGGCAGCAGUAGCCAAAGCCUCAAGGUCCUAGCCGCCAUGGGGCCCAAAAAAGGUGGGGAAGGAGGGAAAAAGAAAAGCAAGAAGGGUGGUCUACUAUCACCUAAAGUGGAAGAGGUCAUCACGGAGGAGAUCCGAAAAUUUUAUCAAAACCAGAUCCAGGACCUGGAGAAGAGGAUCAUUCACUAUCAAAAGAAGUGGGAUGAGUUGGUGGCGAAUGAAAAACUCUUCCGGGCUAAGUUUGAACAGCUGGCUCAAAAUAAAAAGGAGAUUGUUGCCUUCCUCAAAUGUUCCCUUAACCAGCGAGUGUUUGAGAUCACAGACCUCAAUGAACAGCUACAGGGAUUACAGAUGUCCAAGGAGAUAGAGAAGGAUGCCUUUGAGUCCCAGCUGGCUCAGGUGCGCCAUGAGUUCCAGGAGACUAAAGACCAGCUCGUCUCGGAGAAUGUCUUGCUGGGGGGAAGGCUAGCUGCCCUCGAUGAGUACCGGAUCCAGAAGGAAGAACUCAUGGCCAAAUUCACAUUGCUGGAAGAACAACUGAAGAAGGAACAGGACGAGUACAAGGACUGGAUUUACUCCCUGGAGAAGAAGGCUGUGUUAGAGAAAGACAGAAUGAAAAAGGAAAUAGUCCAGCGAGUGAACAAGGUGGCAAUCGAGUUUCGCAAGAUGUCUGCUCUCCAGAUGUCAGAGACAACUAGGAAGGUAAUCCAAGAGAAUGUGGAUAUGACUCAAGAGUUGGCCAAAGUGUCCAACCAAAGUGUAGGGCUGAUCAAUGAGAAUGAGGAGCUGGUAGAGGAUACAAAGCAGAUGAGCAAGCAGCUGGAUGUGCUGAACAACAACAAGAAGAUGAUGUCUAAGGAUAGACUGAAUCGCCUUAAGAUGAUAUGGUUUCUGGCCGAGAAGUGUGAGCAACAGCAGCAGAGAAUGGAAGAAGUGGAAAAGAGAAGGGCCAUGUUGGAUCAGAUAGAGAUGGCUUUCCAGCAGAUACAACAGGACAACCAAGACCUCAGGAAUGAUGUGGAAGAGCUAACAAUGAAGGUCGAGUUCAACAAGCUGGAAGCAAAGAAACUGACAGAGGAACUGGAGAAUGAGCAGAAGCGAAAGCAAGAUGUGGAACAGGUGCUGGACCAAGCCAGGUUCAUGCUCCGGGACCUGCUUUCGAUGCAACCCGAGCGCUUUGAGGAUGGCCAGUUUAACGUGCUCUUCCAGAUGGAGCAGAAGGAGAUACUGAAACAGCUGAUGUCCAUGCUGAGCCAAGCGGUAGUCCUGGGGCCACAUGUGGACGAAUUCAUCAAAAUCCAACAAAAAACUCCCCGAUUUCCCAUUAAGACACUGCAGGACAAAUAUGAGAACCUCAAGCCCAUCCAUCAGCUGUGCAACAGAGUGCCAUACAAGCUGACAGGCCUGACCACCACAUUCCGAUCAGACCACAUCCCCUUCAACCCUAAAGACAUUCAAAUGCUCUCCCAAACCACUCGCCUCAGAAAUUUCAAGGUUUCCCUUCCAAAAUCUUUCAAACACUUGACACUGCCUGCUAUCACCCUGAAGAAGAGACAACUCUCUUCUGUCUCCUCUGUGCAUGCAGAACCUAUGGAGAAGGAAACAGAGGAGGAACAGCAAACUUCAUUCUCGGAAGAGAAACCUUUAUUUCUUGGGCAGGGACAGAAGAGUAAUUAAAUGGCUCAUAAAUUAGUGAUUA